GAGGGCGGCUGGGCGCAGGGAGCGUGCGCGCGGCCCGCCCCGGGCGCGGGCGGAGGGGAGAAGGAGGGGCGCGCGCGGCGGCCAGCCCGCAGAAGCUGCGAGCCGCGCAGGAGGACGGAGCGUCCGCCGCGAUCCCGGCCGAACUGAUCUGAUAUAUAUCCACUGUGACCAGCACUGUCACUUAGGAUUUUCCAGGUCUACAUCCAGGACUCCAGAGUGACCAGACUCCUCACAAGAAGGAGACUAUAAUUUCGGAUUCCUUGGUGGGGAAAACAAAACACUGGUCUUGCUUCCAACGAUGCAAGUGUGAUUGUUGGUGUCUUCAUGAGCUCCAGAGGUCACAGCACACUACCACGGACUCUCAUGGCCCCUCGGAUGAUUUCUGAGGGGGACAUAGGAGGCAUUGCUCAAAUCACCUCCUCUCUCUUCCUGGGCAGAGGCAGUGUGGCCUCCAACCGGCACCUCCUCCAGGCUCGCGGCAUCACCUGCAUCGUUAAUGCUACCAUUGAGAUCCCCAAUUUCAACUGGCCCCAGUUUGAAUACGUCAAAGUGCCUCUGGCUGACAUGCCUCAUGCCCCCAUUGGACUGUACUUUGACACUGUAGCCGACAAGAUCCACAGUGUGAGCAGGAAGCAUGGGGCCACCUUGGUGCACUGUGCCGCAGGGGUGAGCCGCUCGGCCACCCUCUGCAUUGCUUACCUGAUGAAGUUCCACAGCGUGUGCCUGCUGGAGGCGUACAACUGGGUGAAAGCCCGGAGGCCUGUCAUCAGGCCCAACGUAGGCUUCUGGAGGCAGCUGAUAGACUACGAGCGCCAGCUUUUUGGGAAGUCGACAGUUAAGAUGGUACAGACACCUUAUGGCAUAAUUCCAGACGUUUAUGAGAAAGAGUCCCGACACCUGAUGCCUUACUGGGGGAUUUAAUGCCACCAGAGCCCGCAUCGGCAGCCCCUGGAGCAGAACCAGCAUCUGCUACGCACCGUGUGCUCCCCUCUUCACCUUUCUUUUCAAAUGCUGACUUUGGUUCUCCCUGAAGUGUUUUUUACACUGAGUGCUCAAGUUUAUUUUAAGAGAUAGGGAGGGUGGGGAGGGACAUAAGGGGAAUGCAUACAUUGCUAGUAACAUUUUUAAAACUAACAUUUUGGAAUAGUGUUUAUGAAAAUCUUUAACUGGCUUUUAAUCAUUUUUAAUAAUUUGAACAGUUUAAUAAACUGUUUACUUCUGCUCUAUCAUGAAUCUCAUGCCUUUUGGCAUCAUGACAGAUCCAGGAGCUCAGUGCAAAAACCGCUAUGGGCCCUGAUCAACCCUUUCGAGACAGGCUUUGCCUAAGUCUGCAGACCAUGCCAAGCGCUUAGGGAAGAUUGAUACCAGCUUCAGUCUCUACCAGAUUAGUCCUACUCUUUCCUUUCCCCUUUAUUAUUUAGUGACUUUGUAAGUUAAAAAAAUAAACCUUUAUUAUUGAGCUGUUAAGUAAUUAUAAUGAAAUCUGCUGCAAACGCCCUCUUGGAUUCAGUGUGCCCCAGGACUAAAUUAGCAUUAUUUUUAAUAAAUCUAUCUGCUUAACAUAUUA